GGCGCGCGGAACAAUCAGCCCCAGUCGUUUAUUAGCGCUGCCCUCUCCGCCUCUCGAGCUCAGUCUGCUGUAGGAUUUGUACGGGCGCACACACUAACGCGUCCGCUCUUAAAACACAAAACCACAAAUAGGAAUAUACACGACGACGUUCUGUUUUUAGGAUUAUCUUGAACUCGAACGAAUUAAAAGAAGUAACACCAGGACCGUCCUAAACUUUUCCUCGUGAUGAGAUUGUGAAUAGGUCAGUGGUGCUCUAUUCAAAGUCGCCUUUUGAAACAAAAAUACGUGCAUUAUUCAUACACACAUACUCUCGAUCGAGAUGAGAACUGCUGAGGAAUCUUCUGGCACUGUCCUGCAUCGGCUUAUCCAGGAGCAGCUGCGCUACGGCAACCCCACAGACACCCGCACCCUUCUGGCCAUCCAGCAGCAGGCCCUGCGCGGUGGCAGCAGCGGAGGGGGUGCUGGCAGCCCCCGUUCGUCCCUGGAGAGCCUCACCCAAGAGGAGUCCCAGUUCCUCCAGAUGUCCACUCGACAGGAACCCCAGGGCCAGGAACACCAGGGGGACUACCAGCAUUCAGAGAGCCCAGUCUGUAACCUUUACCAACUACACAGCGAGGAGCUGCCUACCUACGAGGAGGCCAAGGCCCAUUCACAGUUCUUGGCUGCCCAGAGAGGCCAAACUGUCAUGCAGCUCAGCACAGGCAUGGAGGUGUCUGUUCACGACGGAGAAGACAAGCAUGGAGAAGGAAUGUGGGACCUGAAGCGAGAGCAUGCUCGUUCGCUCAGCGAACGCCUAAUGCAGCUUUCCUUGGAGAGGAAUGGAUCCAAUGAUAACCUGCCCAUGAGCUCCUCACACAGCUACCCCCAGCUCUCUAACUACCAUGUAGGCCCCAUUUCACACGAGGGACCUGGGUCUCUUCCUGCACAUGACCUGAGGGGCCCUCCUCCAGAGUACCCCUUCCUGGUUAAGCCACCUGGCUAUAUGGUCAGCCACUCGCAGGAGCUUGAACACUACUACAAGGAGCCACCCCCACCUUUCCACUCCCAGCACCAAAGGUAUGUGCCAGCCCCACAGAUGGUUGUGUGCCAGAACGCUCUGCCCACAGUGACCCCUGCUGGUCAGGAGUACAUGAUGACUGCCCCACCAAUCCCUAACAACCCUGUCCAAGCAGCUCAGAUAGAGAUGUUGAUGAGGGAGAACGAGAGACUAAGAAAGGAUUUGGAGAACUACAGCGAAAAGACAACAAGGCUAACGAAGCUGGAGCAGGAGAUCCAGAGGAUAUCUGAGGAUUAUGAGACCCUCAUGAAAGGCUCUGCUAAGAGAGAGACCCUGGAGAAGACGAUGAGAAACAAACUGGAGGCCGAGAUCAAGAGGUUGCAUGACUUCAACAGGGACCUCAGAGACCGCCUGGAAACGGCUAAUAAGCAGCUAGUAGCUAUGGAAGUAGACCAGAGCCAGCAUGUCUACGCCAAACUGGUUGAGCAAAAUGAGGAGCUGCAGCACGAGCGUGACCGCCUGGAGCGGGAGGUGCUGCACCUGCGUAGCUAUGGCGAGGAGUGGCGGCGGCGCAGCGAGGCCCUGGAGCAGGCGUUGGGUUCGGCACAGGCCCGCAGCCGCCAGCUGGAGGAGGAGCUGCGCAGAAAGCGCGCCUACGUGGAGAAGGUGGAGCGACUGCAGAACGCGCUGGCGCAGCUGCAGGCCGCCUGCGAGAAGAGGGAAGCGCUGGAGCUGCGUCUUCGCACACGGCUGGAGCAGGAACUCAAAAGCCUGCGGGCACAGCAGUGGCAAGCCCAAGGCCAGGUGUGUGGCCCCUCCCCUCUGGAAAUGAGCACCUCCUCCCUGCAGCAGCAGAUGCGGGAGCGCGAAGAGCGGGUCCUGGCCCUGGAGGCCGACAUCACUCGCUGGGAGCAGAAGUACCUGGAGGAGAGCACCAUGCGCCAGUUCGCCAUGGACGCAGCCGCUACUGCUGCAGCGCAGAGGGACACCACCAUCAUUAACCACUCCCCACGCCAUUCACCAAACAACAGCUUCAACGAGGACCUACCAUCCACCAGCCACAGACACCAGGAAAUGGAGAACAGGAUCAGGGCUCUCCAUGCUCAGCUACUGGAGAAGGAUGCAGUGAUCAAGGUUCUGGCGCAGCGGUCACGUCGCGAGCAGCAAGGCCUGCGCCCGGCCCGCUCUGUGCCCUCCAUCAACACCAUCGCCACGCCAACCACUGCCACCUGCAUCAUCCGCGGCAAGGGGAAGAGCCUCUCGGAUGACCAGACGGCUGGGCCCAUUCUGCCACCACCUGCUGCCCGUCUGCCCCCCGCCAAAGCGCUCAGUCAGGACUGCGGCACCCAGUGCGACGUUCCCACCCCUGAGACCAGUGGCCCCGCUGUUUCCACGGCUACCACCGCGAAAGCAGCCACUUCUGAUAACUCCCAGCAGACCGCGGCUCCAGCCAGCCUGAUGAAAUGCCUGAGUGGCGAAGCAGAUGUGGUGGAGAUUCUGAUUUGAAUGGAAGUCUGGAACUCUCUCCAGCGUGGCUCUGGAAAGCAAGAAACAACCAGUCGGAUUAAGCGGAGACGGUGCUUGCCAUUGCAAACCCACGUGGAUGGCUGACCAUCUCCGCGCACCAGACUCUAGAUGUAAUGUCAAAAUGUGACACGGUCUUACUACCCCUUUCCUCUCCCCCCUCUCCACUGCCCUACUCAACCCAACUCUGCAAAGGACAUUCGAGGUUAUCGAUGUAGACAAGAAAUGUCGACAAGGGUUUGUGUGCUAAAGGGGAUGAGAAGGACAGAAGAUAGAGGAACCCUGAACCGUCACAGUGUAGAGAGGAGAGCUGAGCUCCCUUGGACUGUUUGUCUCUACACUUAAAACAAACAAGCAACAAAAAAAGAAAAGAAAGAAAGAAACAUCUAGAACUUUGCUGGCCAUGCCCUUUCAGUGGACUGCCAGGUCCAAGACUGAUUCUUCUGAGGUACUUGGACAGUACUCUGCAAAGGUUGCAAAGGGGCAGCUGUCACCACGCAAAAACUGCAUAUGUAUAAAUAUGUAUGUUCUCCUUUUUUAAGUAUUGUAUUUAUAUUUAUAAUAUGCUGCUGAUGGUGUGACUUUUUUCUUGUUUGUGUGUGGAUGUGUGUGAAGAGUGCUGUCUGGUUGGUAUGGAAGAAUAGGAAAGACAUCCAAAUUAUUCCUGAAUGUGUGUCUCAGUUUCCCUCAGUUUUUAAUAAGCUGCAUCCGCAACUCUCUCAGCUCCUGUUUUUAGAUCCAAUUGAGCAAGUUGGGUUGGGCAUUCCCAGGAAAGACAACACCCGCUUUGCUUGUAACAACCUUUAUCGGCUGUCCUACAUUUCUUCUCAGAUCCGUCGCAACUGCUUGGCCCCAAAAUACAGAGAAAAGAAUAGUUAGCCUUUUUUGAACCAUGGGAAAGCCAACUGGAUCGUAAUCCUCCUCUGACUUGGGUUACUUUCCCCACCAGAAUAGUUGAGCAAAUUCCUAUCAGCUGAAACCGUGCUCUUCAAACAGACUAAAUUAACAUUACAGUUGUUGGUGUUCUUAUUAUAAUUGCUUGUCAUGUCAUGUGAGGGGGGCCCCUUUUCAGACAGAUCGAGAAGUCUCCUUUUUUGAGAGUGCAGACCCAGGGAUGGGGUGGGGAGGUAUGCAGAUCCAUGUCCCUACUGUUUAAAGAACACUUAAGAGCUCAGUCGAACAUGUGGAGGCUGCUGAUGUUUGAAAUGCCAGGUUAUCUUUUCUUGUGCCCCCGGACUGUCGCUGCCCGACACGUUGUUGCUAUUCUCCGCUGACAAGCCGAGGCUAAUCUUCCCACAUUCCUGCCGGCUGGAAUGCCCCUUGCUUAGAGAAAAGGGCUAUCUAGAGGAUGACCCCUUGGCCUUGAAGAAAUGGCAGGCAUUCAGAGCACUAUUCUCUGUCUGGCUGUAUUUAUUUUUUGACGGAGCCAUAGUAGCUGGUUCUACUGUGACCAUCUAAAUCGAAAAGCAGUUAAAAUAGAUUGAAAACUUACAACCAUAUUUGGCCCUUGUUCAUUGCUCUGUUUCCUGACACUUCUAGGUAGUGUUGUGUAUACAGAGGGGGGAAAAAAAAGUUGCUAUCUUUACUUCUGCAAGACUCACAUUUCUGAACUCACAUCAGGCUAGCUCUAGAUUAGUUAGAGGGUGAAACACUUGUGAAUGUAGUGGCCUUUCAUUAUCAUCACAGAGGUCUGUGGGAAUAUCCACACAUUGGGUGAUUGGUCUAAACUGGAAUGCAGGGAGAGUUCCCUUGUUUUUUAACAGUAAUUCUUCCUGACUCCUCCAUUUAGAACAUUUUAUUUUCCUAUUCCUACCCUCUCCACGCCCCCUUUUACUCACAUAGCCAUUGCUGGUCGAUGCUUUGUGACGUAACCAUUUGCUUUUUUGAAAUGCUUUUUUUGUUGUUGUUGUUCAAGUUAUGGACUUUGUUUACAGAAAGGGCUGUUUUUGAAACGAGAGAUGUUAAUAUAUUUUGUAUAUUAUUUUCCUUUAUUAGUAUUUAGAGAUGUGAACAUAACGCCAAAGAUUUGCAUUACAAUUAAGUUAUAUCUGAGAAUAUGAACACAUGCAGGGCUACAUGUAGACGCCUUGCUCAAGCUGGUUGACCCAUACUUGGACGUUGCUGUGAACUUCUAGGAUGGGGGGGAUUUUUGUAUGCCAUUAACAUUUCAUUAAUUGAAUAAAACCUUAAUAUAUAUCUUUA